GCCUGCUCAGAAGAAAGGUGAAUCUUUUUCUGAACACCAAACAUGACCUCUCCAAAUUCUGCUGCGGGUUCCCCCGAUUGUGGGGAUGUUUCCAUCAUCUUCGUGGGGAAAUCCAAUGUCGGGAAAUCGGCUCUUCUUAAUGCUGUACGAGACAUGACUGAAGGGGAUGUGGGAUCAGCCCCUGUGGGGGCUCCGGUGAAAUCUGAAAAGCCCAUCAUGUACCCCGACCCGAUUUAUAAUAAUUUACUGCUGUGGGAGCGGUCGAUGGAGGGCGAGGGCCACGCGGAUCAAUGGAUGAGGGAGGCCGACCUGAUUGUCUUGGUGACCGAUGACAGGUUUGAGGAUUCUCACGCCCGCCUUGUGUUGGAGGCCCGGCAAGCCGGCAAAAAGGUCUAUUUUGCCCGGAGCAAGGCUGAUCUGGAACUUCACACUCUCAAACGGUUGAUGGGGCAGCGUUACGAUCGGUCGGAAGUCCUCCGGGCACUCCGGGAGGCCUGUACCGAAUCUCUGGGAACCAUCCCUCUCGUGGAUCCCUUUGUAUACCUGAUCUCUGCUUUUGAGCCUGGCGCCCUCGAUUGCCCACAACUGCGGGAAGAUUUGCUGAAGGACCUGCACCAGUAUGAAAGAUUACAGAAGCCCACUCGCUUAAGCUUCGAAGAGUUCAGCGAAAAAGAGAUCGCCGAGAUCCAGGAAGCCUACGAACUCGGGGGCCUCUCCGAGGUGGUGACCCGAAUCCAGUGCAGUUUGGAAACCAUCUGGAAUGCCCAGCUGGAUAUUGCGAUCACCGGAGAAUCGGGCGCUGGGAAAUCCACUUUCGUCAACGUCUUGAGGGGCAUGACUGACGAAGAGGAAGGGGCGGCCGCCACGGGCGUGACAGAGACCACCAUGCAGCCCACGGCGUAUCCUUAUCCCGGGCAUGCCAACGUCGUCCUGUGGGAUCUCCCCGGUAUAGGAACACCCAACUUCUUGGCCGAUAAAUACUUAGAAACGGUGGAGUUUUCCCGCUACGAUUUCUUCAUCAUCCUGGCUUCCGAACGGUUUAAAGAAAACCACGUCCGUUUGGCCCAGGCCAUUGUCCAACAGGGGAAGCAGUUCUACUUCGUGCGCACCAAGAUAGACAACGACUUGGAGGCCGAGCAGAGGAAGAAGAAUCCGCCCGCGGAAGCCGAAGUUCUGGAGGUGAUCAAGAAGGAUUGCCAGAGCAAGCUUUCCAAGGCUGGGCUGAGCGACGCCAAGGUGUUCCUUCUCAGCAAUUUCUACCUCGACAAGUUCGACUUCCAGGCUUUCGAGGAAACUCUGGAGCAAGAGCUGCCCGCCCACAAGCAACAGGCUUUUCUCCUCUCUCUGCCCAACGUCUCCACCGUGAUCAUCGAGAAGAAGAAGAAGGUCCUUCUGCAGGAGAUCUGGAAAGUGGCUUUGAUUUCCAGCUUGGUAGCUGCUGUCCCGUUGCCGGGCCUGGCCUUCGCCUGCGACGUAUCCAUUUUGCUCAAAAAGUUGUCCAGUUACCGGCAAGACUUCGGCCUCGACGCCGCAUCUUUAUCCCGUCUGGCUGAGCGCUCCGGGAAGUCCAUGGAAGUCCUGAGAAAGGAAAUACGCAGUUGUUUAGGACGUAGCAUCAACAAGGAUGUGGUGAUCAGUUUGCUGGGCAAGGCCACCGGGACAGGCCUGAUGGUAGCCAAUCUUUUCCUCCAUCGGUUCCCCAUUUACGGAGCCCUGGCCUCUGGGGGCAUCUCUUUCCAUACCACCUGCUCCAUGUUGAGACAAUGCCUAGAAGAGCUGGCCGAUGACUCCCAGCGCGUUCUUAUGAAGGCCUGCGAAAGUCACGCCGGACCUGGCUAAAGACAGUUUACCCAUCUGGUCCCCUCCAGCUAGAGUUCCCGUCAUUCUCCGCUGGCCCGGCUUUUGGCUGUAGUAGAAGGACUUCCUUUGUUCCCAUUUCUGAUCCCUCCCUGGAUGUCUUGCCUUGUCGUGGAGGUCUUCCCUUACCUUCCAUCCCUCUAGCAAGCUCCUCAGCACUGUGGCCUGUAAAAUCUUGAGGACUAGGAACAAGCGCUUGCUUUGGCUUUGAUGUUCUGGAGACAAGAUUUAGACAAGUUCCCUUUGUCUGAGAAGGUUCCAUCGGCCCUACGGUUAUUUAUUGUUUUAAAUAUUGUAUUGUUCCUCUCUCUUCUGGCACGGACAUGCUGAGUUUGAAUGAAAUUUAAGGGUUUUUUGUGGCCAAUUACUGCCCCUAGCCUUAGGAUGACGAUUCAGAAGUGUGGAAGGAGGAGGGGAAAGAAGGGGCACGAGAUCUAAUCAUAUUUUCCAGAAUUAGAUCCCAGUCUAAGCCAUGGAGCUAUCCAAUUGGAAGGCUUGGUUGGAGCACAAGGUUGAAUGUAAGAUUUCGACCUAAUUUCAUAAAAUUGCUUUGUUUACAGUGGCACUCCCUUGGCUUGCCACUAGAGGGAGGUGCUGUCUGUUUAUUGGAAUUAAAAAAAAAACAGGUCAAGUGGCAGGCUGGUGAAUUCUGGGAAUUGAAGUCCACACUUGAGGUUGCAAAACAUUGAUCUAGAAUACACGUUGAAUUGCAAUUGGUGUGUGUCUGUGGAGGGGUGUGUGUGUGUGCGCGUGAGCAUCAAAUGUAUAUAAAAUGGCACGCUGUGCAAAGGAUCAAACAAAACCUUUCCCUCUCUCUUUCUUCCCAUGCUGUAGAAACAUUUCCCCAAACGCCAUUAAUAAAAAGUAGAGAAAUACAAUUAUGUCUCAAAUAAUUCUUUGAUGUGCCAUCCCAUGUGGAUAUCAUUGGAGCAGCUUAGUCGUGCCUCCUGG